CGUGGUGUCGAGGAAGUUUCCUUGUUUACAGGCGUCUGACUGAGCAGCUUCGGUGUCACAGAAGGAUGUUUUACAGUCAUGGCAUUUUUGAAGACAAAAGAACGAACAAAGGAAAGAUUUUCUCUUUUGUUAUUGGAUUUGGAAGAAUAUUAUUUUGAACAGCACACUGCAUACAAUGUGACAAGAAGCUCGGCCACGAAGAGAAAAAUCAGAGGCUCAUUCAAGGUCUGUUCCAGAUCGGUCAUUUUUGACCCUGAAGAUUUUACAGAACCAAUUUUAAAGAUUCCACUGCGUGACUGUAAGAAAAUUGAAUUUGCGGAGAAAGAGACCAACCCUUUCAAUGAACCCAAACCGUCCUCCAUUUCAAUUCUAUGUGAACAGGUUAUUUACAUCAAAGAAAACGGCAUCAUUUCACCUUACAGAAAUGAGAGAAGCAUGAAGACUGUGAAUUUUCAACUGGAAGUGUGGCGUAAAACGGAGGAUGUCAUUCAUACAUUACAUCAAUUACAUAGAGCAUCCUGUCUGGAAAAGCUUGGUGACCAGACUGCCAUGAUUACAGCCAAUCUUCAGUCCCGACUGGCAAGAACAUCCUUUGACAAGUUCUGCUUCCAGAAUGUUGCCGAGAAGCCUCAUAUGGAAUGUGCGGUGGAGAUGGUCCUGCCUCUGGUGUCCAACCCUGGCCACGUUUGCAUUACAAAUGAGAAUCUCUACUUUCAGCCGCUCAAUGGAUAUCCGGAGCUCGUCAUUCAGAUCAAACUCCAUAAAGUCAGGCGGAUCUACAAAAGAAGACAUGGCCUCCGACCCCUUGGGCUCGAAGUUUUCUGUUCUGAGAACGACUUCUGCUCAGACAUCUAUCUCAAGUUUUACAACACAGCGGACAGAGAUGAAAUUUAUUAUUUCAUUGCCACAUUCCUGGAGAACCACAUGACAGAGCACACGGCAGAGAGCUACAUGUUGCAGUGGCAGCGCGGCCAUCUGAGUAACUACCAGUAUCUCCUUCACCUCAACAACUUGGCUGACCGCAGCUGCAACGACCUCUCCCAGUACCCUGUCUUCCCAUGGGUCAUUUCCGACUACACAAGUACACAAUUGGAUCUGACAAAGGCAACCACAUUUAGGGACCUCAGCAAACCUGUCGGAGCGUUAAACAAAGAGCGGUUGGAUGGGCUACUGUGUCGCUUCAGAGGCAUGCCCGAGCCUCGAUUCUUGUACGGCAGCCACUACUCAUCUCCUGGUUACGUCCUUUUCUACUUGGUCAGAGUUGCUCCAGAACACAUGCUUUGUCUCCAGAAUGGUCGUUUUGACCAUCCAGACCGCAUGUUUAACAGCAUAGGUGAAACAUGGAAAAACUGCUUAGAGGGAGCAACAGAUUUUAAAGAGUUAAUUCCAGAGUUCUAUGGGGACGACUGCAGCUUCUUAGAAAACCACUUUCAUCUUGAUCUGGGCCGGCGGCAGAAUGGAAGCUUUGUCUGUGAUGUCCACCUACCACCUUGGGCCUCAGAUGCUAAGGAUUUCCUGCAGAAGCACAAGAUGGCACUUGAGAGUCAGUAUGUGUCCGAGCACCUGCACGAGUGGAUCGACUUAGUGUUUGGUUUCAAGCAGAGAGGAAGCGACGCAGUCGAGGCCAAUAAUGUCUUUCACCCAUUGACCUAUGAAGGUGGCAUUGACUGUGACAGUAUUGAGGAUCCUGACCAAAGGGUGGCCAUGCUGACACAGAUACUAGAGUUUGGUCAGACCCCCACGCAACUGUUCACCAUUCCUCAUCCUCAGAGGAUCACGCCAAGGUCGCAGAAUAUCACCAGAAGCCCCAGCCUCACCUCACCCGUUAGCGACCUUACUCCAGGCUCUCUGAAUGAGGACUCCUCUUUCGAAGACUUGACAGAGGAAAGCCGGAAGUUGGCAUGGUCAAACAUGGGCCGUCUGAGACCAGCCUCCAGACACAAAAUCCAUAAAGAGGCAGUGACGGCCAUCACUGUGACCCGAGAUGGAACUUCUGUUUUCAGCACAUCCCAAGACUCAACACUUAAGAUGUUCUCCAAAGAAUUAAAGGACUUCCAAAGGAGCAUGUCUUUUUCCAAUAUGGCCUUGUCAUCAUGUCUGAUGCUGGCAGAUGGUCAAAUUGUGGUGUGUUCCUCGUGGGACAAUAAUGUGUAUUUCUAUUCUAUCCCAUAUGGCAGGCGACAGGACACGCUCAUGGGUCAUGAUGACGCUGUCAGUAAAGUGCUUUGGGCCAACGAUAAGCUCUACACGGCAUCCUGGGAUUCUACUGUUAAGGUGUGGCAAUGUGAUCCUGAUACUUUGUGCAGUCAAAAGAGAUCGGGUUUCGAGCUGCUUGCUGAAUUGGAACAUGACGCUGGGGUGAACGCUAUCGGACUGAAUCAACUGGGGACUCUUCUGGUGUCCGGAUGCAAAGACGGGGCCGUCACCCUCUGGGACACGGACACCUACGGAACCCUGCAGCAAGUGGACUGCCAUGCUGACACUGUCCACGGUGUGUCCUUCAGUCCAGAUAGUCGACAUGUCCUCAGCAUUGGCGCCGACUGCUUCAUGAGGGUCAUCGACGUUCAGACGGGAAUGGUCAUCUCCUCUGUGAAAUCGGAGGAGGAGCUAAGGUGUUUCUGCUGGGACGGAAACUCGGUGCUGUGCGGGGGCCAAUCGGGUGACUUACUACUGUGGGACUUGAUGAGCAACGCGGUCAUCUCCAGGAUCUCGGCACAUUCAGGGCCAGUCACAGCCAUGUGGAUGAACGAGCUGAGUGCUACAGUGAUCACUGGCGGAGAGGACAAAGAGAUCAUCUACUGGAAGCUGCACAAUUAGAACGCAGACUCUUAAAAAAAAAAAAAACAUUUUUGAAAAAUAAAGCCAUCCAUGCAAAGCACCGAAACGGGCCAAAGGAUCCUCGAUUCUUCAGCAGCUUGUUUCAAACACCACUGGUCCAAUUCUAGCAUAUUGCUUUUGAGAGAAAAAAAACUUGCAGAUUUUGCUCAUGACAAUACGAAGCUGCUAACUAUCUCUUAUCCUUUUCUUUCCGUCAUGUUUUUCUUUAUCGACAUGUGGAAAUUUUUUGGCAAUAUGUGCGAUCCUAAUAUGCAAAUUAGAUGUGUAUUUGCAAAAGGUGACAUGAAACAAACCCUUUAGUGCCUCUGCUUUGGUACCUAUACUGUAUGUACACAUUAUUAUAUUUGCAUUAAUGUGAACAUUGAAUCCAAAGUGUCAGUAAAGUAUCAGCUCAAACGACUCCACUUUAAAAAGUAAUCAUACAUAUUUAAUUACAGACAGUCACAUUGUUUUAUAAGUGGAUUCACAAAAUGUUGAAUACUUAUUUGUCAUUGGUAGAUGAAACCAGAGUCUAAAAUGAAGCAAGUUGCAAUGGAACUUAUUUCAAAUCUGGCUUACUCGCCCUCUUGUUGUUUCUGUGAAGAAAAGGGGAAAAAAACACACAUUUACCUAUACAGUAAGAUCUACUCUU